AAGCUGGUCCGUCAGUACGGAUAGUCGCGCGCUCCCUGUGCUCCACAAAGACCGAGGCUGAACCGCGGGCACUGGAGACGAGCCAUGCGACGUCGUGCGAUCGAAUGAGCCAAGAAAGUGCGACUGCUCCACUCGACCGACUCUUCUGCUCCGUUGGUCCGCCUUCGAUGUUCCACCAGCCAACGAAAUAAUCGCGCCAACGACAACCGGACACGGAUACGGCUACGAAAGUGUCUUCUCGCAGACCCGGAGUUUCCCCUUCAGGUCAACCGAUCUACUUUAAAUCUCCGUUGACUUCAGCCACAUCUCGCCACCAGGUUUCGAGAAUUGCAAUCACACCAAAGAGUAGAAAAUAGUAUGCCAAAUCAACGAUGGACGAGGACAAUCAGUUUCCUUGUGUUGUGUCUCGUCGUGUCACGAUGGUGCGUCAAUGGAAGUCCAAUUUUAGAGAGCCGGAAGCGAGAAGCGGAGAUCUUGAACACCAAUUGGACGCAGUUGGCUGACGAUUGGAUGAAAGCCAGGAGCCAACUUAUAAACAAAUCCGAAGCUCGUUAUCUAGGAUCCAGGGAAAGGUUCAUGAACAUCGAGACAAUCAUCAAUGGAACCAGUCCGGACCAAUUGUCAAGAGUAAAGUUAAAUUAUUCACGGAUGCUGUGGGACAUGGAGCCAUCAACGUCGGGCGGGCAGCUUUCUGGAUUCGUGGACAAGACUCUUAAGCUCCUGGACCUCAGACAAGUGAUGAUAGAAGUUGAGACCUCGGUUAUGUCCAAAGUGUCUUGCACCGCGUGCAAAGUUGGCGCGGGAUUGUUGCAGAAUUACAUAAAGGCUGGAAAAAGCAAGGAGGAGAUCAUGAACAAUAUCUACCAGUUCUGCGUGUCACUGAAAAUCCAGAGUUCGCGGGUUUGUCAAGGCAUCACCCUGCUCUUUGGGGGUGAAGUGAUCUAUGUCAUGAAACAAGUCGACAUGGGACCAUCGCAGAUCUGCAGCUUCGUGAUCGGCGAUGUAUGCGACGACGCAUACAAUCCUCAGCACGAGUGGGAGGUAGUUUUUCCUCCUGUGAAGAAACCACAGAUUAAACCACCCAUCCCGCCCGCGGAGGGUGCGCCUACCUUCAAGGUCCUGCACCUCUCCGACACUCAUUACGAUCCCUAUUACCAAGAGGGCUCCAACGCCGAGUGCAACGAGCCGCUUUGCUGCAGGCUGACCAAUGGUGCACCAUUAACGGCUUCGGCAGCUGCAGGUCGAUGGGGUGAUUACAGAAAGUGCGACACGCCCAAAAGAACCGUGGAUCACAUGUUGAAACAUAUCGCCGAAACGCACUCUGACAUUGAUUACAUCUUAUGGACUGGGGAUCUACCACCUCAUGACGUGUGGAAUCAAACCAGAGAUGAGAACUUGAAUAUUCUGCGUGACACCGUGACACAAAUGGUGAAAAUUUUUCCCAAUAUCCCAAUUUUCCCGGCUCUAGGAAACCACGAGAGCGCGCCAGUUAACAGCUUCCCGCCACCAAUUGUUCCCAAAGAUAAUAGCAUCGAAUGGCUGUACGAUGAAUUGGAUAAACAGUGGCGACGAUGGUUACCAGCUGGGGUCUCUCACACUGUUCGCCGAGGUGCAUUCUAUUCGGUCCUAAUCAGGCCAGGAUUUCGGCUGCUCUCGGUCAACAUGAAUUACUGUAACAAUAAGAACUGGUGGCUCCUCCUUAACAGCACCGAUCCAGCGAACGAACUUCAAUGGUUGGUCUACGAAUUGCAAGAAGCCGAGAUUCAUAACGAAAAGGUCCACAUUGUCGGUCACAUACCACCAGGACAUUCGGACUGUCUGAAAGUAUGGUCCAGGAAUUACUAUCGCAUCAUUAAUCGAUACGAAUCGACGAUAACGGCUCAAUUCUUCGGUCACACCCACUACGACGAGAUGCAGAUAUUUUACGACACAUCAGACCUUAGCAGAGCAUUAAGCAUAGCCUAUGUUGGACCCUCGGUGACGCCGUAUUCCGACCUUAACCCAGGAUAUCGAAUAUACUACGUCGAUGGCGAUCACGGGAAAACAACUCGAAUGGUGGUGGAUCAUGAAACUUGGGUGAUGAACUUGAAGGAAGCGAAUCUCUACGACUAUCCGAUCUGGUACAAGAUGUACAAUGCACGGCAAGCGUACCAGAUGCCAUCUCUUCUGCCAAAAGACUGGGAUUCUCUGAUAGACAAGAUGACGAACGAGCCGUCGCUCUUCGACCUAUACUACAAGCACUACAAUAAGAACUCGCCUGUAAGACCUCAAUGUGGAGACGAGUGCCGGAAGAGAUUGCUGUGCGACCUCCGAAGUGGAAGGAGUCACGAUCGCAAGGCACUUUGCCAAAGCCUCGAGUCAAGAAUCGGCGGCGAGACCAGAACGGGCUGGCGAGCUUGGAUUUACAAUGGGAUCGCUUUAUCGAUGUCGGUCGUGAUGGCGAUACCUCGAUUUGCGUAUAACCUACCGAAGUACGUUUUAGGUCUAGGCUAAAAAUUCGGUGGGUUAGAAAGGAUUUUAUUAUGUGAUGAGAAUUUGCGAAUCGGUAAAAAUUCCAACGGCUGGGUAUUCUACGAUGAGCCGAAUGUCAAAUGAUCUCCAAGCUUCGUGAAAGUGCCCUAAGCCGUAGUUUAUAUGCACUAGAUUAUUUGAACGGCAUUGCAAAUUAUAUUAAGUGGAUUAGAAAUCGACGCAUGUGUGCAUUACAGAUGUGAUGAAAAGAAUUGAACUGAACCCAUGAAAUACGUCCAAUUUUCUAACAAUAUAUGCUACGCAACUGAAAAUAGUAGAAAACAAGCGAGCCGUUCAAUUGUAUAUAAAGACGCAGAUGUUUAUUUAUGCACACCUUGUGUUAUAGCUGAAUAUAUUAAUUAGUAAAAAUCUGCUUUGCAUUUGAUUCUACAGAUAAUGGGAUUGUUAUUUUAACUCGGCUUUUCUCAAAGAAUUCGAACCUCUGAAUUCUUUGGCAUUAUUAAUUAAUAAUGAAAGUAUCAUAAGGUACGAUCAUACAAAUUUUAGAAAAGAUACACAGUUAGAUACUUUUGUAAUGUAAGAUAAAAUUGUUGACCACUUUGUUAAAAAUCGUUUGUAAAUCCUUAAGUAUACUUACUCCUUGCUAAUUAUCACCUAAUGUAUAUGUACAGAAAUAACGUGCGCCUUCGUAUAGAAAAUUGUCUUAAUAAUUUAUUAAUUAUAAUUCUACAAUUUGCUUAUCAUAGACCAAUACAAUUUAGAUAGUACUUACAUUAAUGCUUGAAUUUCAAAAUUGAAGAUAAAGUUACCGUGGAAUAUGACUAUAUAUUACAUUUUAGGCCACAUUCUCCUAUAACCAUGAUAACAUCUGCUAUGAUUGUAAGAUCUUGAUAUUACAAAGCAUGUGAUCUAUAAGAA